AUGGUUAUUUGCGCGGUUUUUAAUUGCAAUAGCAACAGCGAUAAGAAAUUAAAAAGAAAUAUGAAUGAUUCAUCGUUCAAGCAAACGAAAUUUUUUCGAUUUCCAAAAAAUAAGGAAAUCGCAAAAAUAUGGAUACAAAAAUGUGGAAGGAAAGAUAAAUUUAAUAUCCAAAGUUCGUACAUAUGUAGUAAACAUUUUGUACAAGAACACUAUCGGCGAAACUUACAGCAUGAACUGCUGAAUUAUUCGCCAAAAAAUAGUAAAAAAUUGAAGGAUGACGCAGUCCCGCAAAAAAUUUGCGCAUUACAAUUUAAGUAUCGUCUUAAAAACUAUUUGCUGGGCCGAAAUGAAUCAAUCAUAUCUCAAUCUGCAAAUGUAGAAGAAGAUCGGGAAGCAGCUUUUAAAAUGAAUGUUGAUGAAGGGUAUUCAAUUCCGAAUAGUAACAACGAAGAAAUUGAAAUCGAUGAUUGUGAAAAUCUCUUAGCAAAUAGGAUGCUUUCAGAUUUAACAGACUAG